CCAAUUGAGUUCGGGCAGAGCGUACAGCAAACCAAGAACAAUGCUCAUUCUUCAUUGUCGUUCAAUUGAGUUACGUGCUCAAGCAGGCUAAUUUAGAAACCAGCAAAACAGAAGAAAAACAGAAAACUAGAAAAUUAGCCAUGCAGCAGCAGGAAGGAGUGCAAAAGAAAAAGCCUAGGCACCGGAAUCGUGCGAGGAACAAGUGCAAUCAAGUGACUAGUGACCAGAAGGACAUUGCAGAGGAAGACCCUUCUUUAGUGGCCACAGCCCAGAGGGCGGAACCAGACAACAAUCCCAUCAGGUUGAUACAGGAGCUGUUGCGUAGGAAACUGCUGGCCAAGAGCACGGUGCCAGUGGCAGGCGCAGUACCUGCUUCCAGGGAACACGAGCCAGCGACAGCGAAGCCAUCAAAGCAAGUCAAAGAGGAUGAGAGAAAGCCAAAGACUCCAGCAGCUGCCUCUUCAAGUGCCAAGCAAUCAAGGGAUGUCAGCGGCUAUGAAGUCAACGAGUUGCUGAAGAGCUUGGGCAGCAGAUUGCAGAUGGGAGAUGGGGAAUCGCCCACAGCGGCGAUGUUCAGCAAUCUGGGCAAGCUCUUUAGCCAGGCUCCUCCCAGCGAUGUGGAGUCCUCCGACGAUGAGGCCGAGUACAUUGAAUACAUAUACAAGCCGCGGAAAUAUUUCAUGGCCUCACUGUGCAAUCUCUGUACAUCGGAUCUCUGCGGACGGAGUUCCCUACCUUGUGCCCGCUGCGGAUUGAGCUACUAUUGCAGUACCAGCCAUAUGAGGGAGGAUCAGGAGCACCGCCAGCUGUGCUAUGCCCUGCGCCAGGCGGUGGACCACAACGGUCACGAGAUGUUCUACAAGUGCGGUGCCUUCAGUGCCGAGCAAUUUCGUUCGUAUCGGAUUGUGUGCAUACGGCAGGUGGAGAAGGAAAUGAAUCGUCCGCUCUCGCCCACGGAGCAAGAGGUGCUACUCUUUCCCCUCAUCUGCGGUGACCACAAGUGCCGCGAGUAUCGCUUCAAGCGUCUGCAACUCUGUGGCGGCUGUGGGGAGUUUGCUUCCUGCAGGGACAAGCCCGACCAUCGGAGUCCGGAGCAUGCCAAGUGGUGCGGGGCCUACAGACUGUUCAAGGCCUUUGUCAUGUUCCAGGCCAAGUUUGGAAGGCUGGAGCCAUCGCUGCCCAACAAGGUUCUCCGGGAGUUGCCCAUGGCAUGCUGCAAUUCCAGGCAAAUGAUGAACAAACUCAGUUUUAAUGUCGUUGAUGAGUGUGAGUAUGCUGCCCUUACCCAGGUCUCCACCGGCCCCCUGACGGCCUGGUUUGCUCUGAAGCUCUGCGAUCGCUUGAGAAAUUGUGAGCUGACGCUUCAUCUAAUAGGAGCUGAGAUCGAAUUUGAGGUGGAUGUGCUGCAGAAAUGGGAGCUCUUCCUUCUGCAUAUAAUGCCAGCUCUGCAAUGCCUAAAUGUGGUCUUCGUGGGACCAGAACUGAACCCCAAUAACAUCUCCUUUGAGCAACUGAAGAAGAUCAAAUGCUGUCGCUUGUGUCGCAAGGCUAAGAGAACAGUGAAUUAUCACUUUGAGAAUAAUCUCUACCACGACUACUGCCGAGAGCCGCAGUUCCUUCAUCCAGAUUUGGUUUGCUUUUACAAUUCGGGAUUGUAUCGGUCGACGGGAUAUGCUUUGGAGGACACCUGGCCUGACACCAUACGGGCCUCUCUCAGUCUUAAAUGCCCCAUUGUGGUCACUUCCUAUACCAAGUACGAAGCUCCUUUGGACAUGGCACAGUUCGUCGGUCAAUCGAAUCGUCAUUUGAAUGUUGUGUUGCCGCCGACUACAAAUCCAUUCUCAUCUGAGAAGCCAGAGCGUAAUUUCAUAUCGGACAAUGCAGCUCCAUUUAUGUUUAAGAACUUUUAUUGCUUUGUUGUCGAGUGAGUUUUAUUUCAAUUCGAAUUUAAAUGUAAUUUCCGUUGGCGCUAGUGGA